UCGUCUACGGUUUCAAACUCACCCACCAAACAAUUUUUCCCCGAAAUUUUCUCAGAGAAAGUGCCUCCAAAUCCCCAAAACCAUGAGUCGCCGAACAGGAUUGUUCGAUCUCGAGAAUCACUUCGCCUUCUAUGGCGCCUACCACAACAACCCAAUCAACGUUCUGAUCCACAUCCUGUUCGUUUGGCCGAUCUUCUUAACGGCUCUCGUUCUCUUCUACUUCACGCCAUCGAUCCUCGAUCCCUCUCGAUUCGGGUUUCUCCAAUCGCUGACUUUCGAUGGGGUUCUUCGUUUCAAUUUCGGGUUCCUCUUCGCUUCGGUUUACGCUCUGUUCUACUUCGCCAUGGAUAAGAAAGCCGGGUCGUUAGCUGCUGUGAUGUGCUUCGCAUGCUGGGUCGGUUCUAGCUUUAUCGGUGCUCGAUUGGGUUAUUCUCUUGCUUGGAAGGUAGUCCUAGCAUCUCAGUUAUUCUGCUGGAUUGGGCAGUUCAUCGGUCAUGGCUUGUUCGAGAAGCGAGCCCCGGCCCUUCUGGACAACUUAGUACAAGCAUUUCUAAUGGCUCCUUUCUUCGUCUUGCUUGAGAUCCUUCAGUCGGUUUUCGGGUACGAGCCAUAUCCCGGGUUUGAAGCUGCAGUCAAAGGCAAGAUAGCAAACGACCUGAGGGAAUGGCGGGAGAAGAAGCAGAAGAAGAAGAUCACUUAGAAGGACUUUUACCUUUGCUUUCUUCUGUAUUCCCAUCCGAAGCCUUUGUUGUUAUGAUUGUGUUGCAAUCAUUUGGAAAUCGAAUCCCUAUAUUCACAAGUGUAGCUGUGACUUAUUUGAAAAUAAUUAUGUAAAAUUAAUGUGCUUCAAAUCAUGAACA